AUGAGUCUUGCUCCCCAAGGCGUACCAGCUCGGCGCCCCAGACGUGUAGCUUGUACCGAGUGUAGACAGCAGAAGGCGCGCUGCGACGCCGGCCCUCUCCCGGGCCAGCCAUGCUCUCGUUGUCGCAAGUUCAACCUGCCCUGUGCUGUGUCCAACUGUUUCAAGCGCCAACACAAGCAUAGAAAGCUGUCGGAAUUGGAACAGGAAGCAGAAGCACUGCGCUUGGAACUAAGGGGUCAUGAGGACUACAAUGUACCCCUCACUGGCGAUCAGCCCCACGAGCAGCUGCCUCUUCCGCCCAUCUGUGCUCCAGCGUCCUCUUCUUCGUCGUUUCGGCCGAAUGAUGAAGCCUUCGCCUCGAUCAUGUCGGCCGGUCAAUGCGAUCCACCCCUGCGUACUGGUGACCACUUUAUACCUGAGUCCAAUCAUCAGUUCCGCCCUGUCGUGCGUACCGAGACGUCGAGUAGCCAUGAGUCGGGCAGCCUAUGUGUCGUUUCUAGAACCAACUCGUAUCCAGCAACGACGACCACUAUGCCUCAGACCUUAUCGAGCGUGUCAUUGACGGGGUGGGAGAUUGAUGAUCUCUUUGCAAUAUACUUCCAAGCAUACGCUGCUGCUCUCCCAAUCUUGGAAUCAAACACAGACCCCAAUACUUACCAUGCUCAAUCGCCAUUCUUAUUCUGGGCCAUCGUCUCAGUGGCCUGUCGUAAAUCCCGGCAUCACCUUCACCUGUUCAGUUUGCUCGCACAACCAGUCGUCGACCUGGCCUUCUUGUGGCCAUUAAGUCCCUCCAAUCCCAUUUACGGCAUCCAAGCUUCACUGCUUCUUCUGACCUGGCCGUUUCCGCGCUUCUCAAACGUACUUGAUCACAUGUAUCCUCUGGCCGGCCUCCUCAUUCAUAAAGUCAGGCAAGCCGGCUUUCACCGGCCUCAAGCCAGCCAUGAAUUCUACCUUAUUGAAGGCAAGCCGGCACGCCUUACGGACGCGGAGAUCGGGAUUCGAAAAUACCUGUGGGCAAGAUGUGUGCAUGCUUAUCAAUCAAUAUCGAUCGCCAAAGGUCAUCUCCCAGGGCGUAUGAUUGGCGCAGUUGGCGGCUACCACACCGAGACAUCCGACAAAAGCCUUGAACUGCAGCUGCAAUGUCAGGAUAUUGUUGUUCAAUGUUGCACGGCUGUGUCAGACAAUGGUCUCAUUGGCAACAUGUCUGACGCCCACGCCAAUGCCGUUGCCAUCAUCGUCCGUGUUUUUGAUACUCGACUACGGGAUCUGGAGGUUGGGACAUUGACGAGACGCGCAUCACAGCUUACACAGCAAAGCACUGAGUUUUCCGCUCUGACAAUCACCGAAAAUCUGCAUGUUCAGUCUGCUAGACUCAACAUCCUAGUCUUUAGCCUCUUCGUUCGGUCGCCAGGGGCGACAGAUGACAUGGAUGAGCCUGUUCAGCUUCUACUCUCGACUGCUCGCACAGUUCUCGACCUUAUAAAGAGACUUGUACAGCUUGCAACCUUUCCGCCGAGUCCCCCUAAUCACGUAGUCGAUACCUUCCUGGUUUGCACUUUCACUAUCCUUAGGAUUGCCAAAAUCUAUCCUAACAAUGUAUGGGUCGCAGACGCUGAAAGCUGUAUCAACAGUUGUAAGCUCUUAGCAAGAUCUUUGUCGAGCAACGAGAACGAUUCUUUGUUCAAGACGGCUAUGAUGCUCGACGAUCUUUGGAGGAACCCACGAGCCUACAGACGUCCAGACGGUUCAGUGGAUGCGCCUAUUGCAUACCUGGGCAGGCUGAGUGCCGGCCUCGUCAUAGACGCGGCGUCCAAGUGGCACGAUAUCGUCGAUACGUUCUCUGCGGUUGGUCUAUCAGGUCCGGGCCAGGGGCCGUCUAUUGGUCAGCCGUCGGAAGCUCAGUCUUCGAAUACCGCUUUUCGCGACACGUCUGCGAACUUGACAGCGCCGUUCACGACUGGGAAUAUUGUGCCCAUGUCCAAUGGGGAUGAGUACUUGCUUAGUCUGUUUGAUGAUGAUAUAUUCGGUGACUUUGACUGGUACGGAGAAAUGACGUACACGUCAUAGACCCAGCAUUCGCGGAAAGUGCAACACCGAAGACAUUUUCUCGAUAGAUUCCUCUGUUUCAUGCGUUACACAUUUGCUCAAAGUAUUCUCUUGAUGAUCGGUGCGAUGACCAAACCCAAGGCUCAAUCUUUGACGGAAUGACGGUAUCGUUUCAUCCAUUCUGACCACCUAGAGCUUCGCUCUGAGCUUUCUACUUGCCAAAACCCGCUCCUUCAUCACACGACGCAGUACCUUGCCAGCAGUAGACUUCGGAAUCUCAUCCACCACAAUAAAGCCACCCCUCAGUCUCUUCGCAUUCGACACCUUGGCAUCGAACCACUGCUUGAUUGCGUCCGAACACUGCUUAUCCGCAGAAGCACCUUGCUGCAGAACAACACAAGCCAUCGGGACUUGAGUAGCCUGUUCCUCAUUAUCAACACCAAUCACACAAACAUC